AUGAGAAGUAUCGUCUUCGGUGGUGUUUUUAUCUUAUUCUGCCUUGUAGGUGAUGCUGGAGGGGUGAUUUGCAGAUCGUGCAACCUCUCCAUCCCCUUCCAUGGAUGUCUUUUAGACUACGGAACCUGCAUAACAAAACCUGGUCAGUAUUGUAUAAAAGAGAUCCACAUUAAAGGUGGAAUACAGUGGUAUUCAGUUAAAGGCUGCACGGAGAGCCAAGAUGAGUGUUUCAAGAGAAUUAUAAAACCUUAUGAAAUCCACACUACUCACUGCUGCCAUCGUCCUUUGUGCAAUUUCUGA